AUGAACACCCCAAGUGGUGCUGCGUCCCGCGAUAGUGCGGCAAAUGCUUUCAAUUUGAUUGAGAAACUUCUACACCAAGAUCAAGCGUCCAGACAUUACCAGGGGCGCUUAGAAUCUAGGAUAGAUAGCGAUGCUGCUGCAUACCAGACCUUGAACACCCACUGCAUUGAGGUAGAAAGAAAGGCAUCUGCUCUAGAGUAUACAAGAUCGCAAUACGAAUCCUCUUUACGUGUUGCCGCCGAAACAUGCCAAACGAUAUCUCGUGAUCUCUACCUAGAGCGAACCAAGCUACUACAGCUAGAAUCCCGAGUCACUGAACUUUAUCCAUCGAUCGAUGCUAUGCUACACUCUCUAGCUCCCAAUCACGAAGAUCUCCCUACAGGAACCUCUAUCCAGCAACUUCAGCAACUUCAGCGUGAUAACGAAGUUCAGCGGGAGGUAAUCGCAUGUCUUCAAUCAACUCUUCGAGCCCGUGAGAAGGCAUUGGAAAAUCUGAGAGCAGCGAUGCCAGAAGCUCUAGACUUUCCAGACAAUGGGGAUAGCACAACUAAUGGGGAUGGCCAGUCAUCUGAUGUUACUGAUGAUGAAUCUUCUAUUGACAUUAUCACGGAAAGCUCGCAAUAA